AUGGGGUGUUUGGACUCAGUGGUGGAUGGAUCAUUCAUGGAUAACCCGGUAACCCAAGACGAGUACGCAUCUGCGGUAAAGUCCCUAAAGAAGGCGUAUCCGGAACAGUGGAAACAGUACUUUGUAGUACUGAUCCCAAAACCUGGUCGUAGUGGAUCGUACAGACCCAUCUCGUUAGCCAACAACUUAUUAAAGGGCGCAUUUGACAAUGUGGUCCCUGAGAUCCUUUUGUCAAUGCUGCCGAGGCUCGGGGUGACCCCCAGUGCUGUAGCUUUUGUUGCGUCAGUGAUCAGUUUUAGGGAUCUGAUGGUGUAUGCUUCGGGUGUUUUUAUUCAACAUAGAACUACCACUCGAGGACUUCCACAGGGCUCUGUGUUGAGCCCUUUGUUGUUUAACUUGUAUAUGUCUCGCGUUGAGUCAAGUCUACCACCUGGGGUUGAAUCACUCAUAUAUGCGGACGAUCUGGUAGUUUAUGGCACGGGACAGUCUAUUACCGAGGUCUCCUGCCAACUGAAUAUGGCCUUGUCUAAUGUCCACAGACACCUGUCUUCUCUGGGCCUGAACAUAUCGCCUAGCAAAUCUGUAGCUACAUUCUAUUCCUUAAAUUCUCUAAGGAAUACUAAGUGGCUAAUCAAAAAACAUAAUAUCAAAAUACAAAUCGGACAGUCACCUGUAAAGGUGGAAUGGAAUGUAAAGUUUUUGGGUGUUUAUAUUGAUUAUAAACUAAGUUGGAAAAAACAUGUUGUUAUGACCCGUAAUAAGGUCCUUCCUAGGGUUAACAUCCUAAAAGCAAUUGCAGGUAUAAAGUGGGGUGCGCACCCUUUGGUGUUGAUGACGGCGUAUAAGGGACUGGUGAGGUCGGUCUUUGAGUGGGGCUGUCAGGUCACCUUCCCUCUCGGUGAACAGGAAAUGCAGGUGCUGGAUAGGUUACAGUACGCGUGUGUUAGAGUUGCGUGUGGCCUUAUGCGAACUACCCCGACCAAUGUGUUGUUAGACUUAGUGUGUGAACAACCCCUGAUGUAUAGACACAGGUACCUACUUAGCAAGUAUGUUUGCAGGGUUUUGGCGAGGACCAAUCACCCGGUGGGACGGUUGAUCGAGGAGAAUUGUGCGAACUGGUCUCCAAUUUGCGUGGGCGUCCGGUUUGGCCUCAUGGAGAUUGGCAAGGAGUUAGCACCGAUCACUAGGAAUGUUAUCAGGUAUACGUUGCCGGGUAGCUUGGCCCUCCCUUUUGGGGUGGGUUAUAGAAGGUGCUGUGUGGAUACUGAGGUAGGGUAUCGGAUUCGUGAGUCUGAGGAUCCUCAGAGUGUGUUUUCAGGCUAUCUAUCGGAAACUGGUGCUACUCGAGUGUUUUUUACAGACGGUUCUCUGGCCCGCCCAAGUGACGGUGCUUCUCCGGCAGCUGUGGGGUUUGCUGUUGUGUCCGUAAACCCAGUGUUGGUCCACCAAGAACGGAUCGGCGCUUCGUCUACUAUUUUCGAUGCGGAGGCGAUGGGAGUGCUGUGUGCAUUGGAAUAUGCUGAUGAUCUUGGUUUUCCAUCAGUAGUGGUAGCCUCUGACUCACUGUCUGUGUUACGUUGCCUGGAGUCACCGGACCCGAGAGGGAAUCAUUCUUUAGUUGUGUACAAAAUAAAGGAGGUAGUUGUGAAGUUAGAAAGAAAGGGAGUCAGAGUUAAGUUUGUCUGGGUACCUGGCCAUGUAGGCGUUCAUGGCAAUGAGCUCGCUGACUCACAUGCAAAACAAGCCUUGUCUCUACCUGAACCAGCUGAAAAACAUGAGGUCUCUUCCCUCUUCCCCUCUAUCAGGUCGACUAUCUUACAGCAGUCUAGAGAGCAUCUCCUUAGUUUGUCUCGCCAUAAGGGUGGUCGCUAUUUUAAGUAUGUACCGGAACCGCUGGGCAAACCUUGGUACUCUAAGACUAAGAAAGGGAAGUUCCUCCCUAGACAGUUAAUUUCUCUAGUGUCUAGAAUUCGUACAUACCACACAGCAGUGAACAGUCACCUGUUUGAGAAAAAUAUAGUUGAUAGCGCGAGCUGCCAGUGCGGCCAACCGGAACAAAAUAUUAAUCAUGUUUUCUUCCAUUGUCCAUGUAAUAAAGAACAUUCGGACAGGUUGCUAAUCGAUUUGUAUCACAAUGGGUUUAGUCCACCGUAUAGCGUAGAGAAGGUAGCCUUUUCUGAUAACGUUAGCGCCAUGUUUGCUUUGUUAAAGUUUGUUAAUACAACCAACAUCCUGAGUCUCAGUACACAGCGCAGCAGGCAGCCUAGUGUUGUGUCCAAGCUAGCCUGUGCGCUUAAAGCAAAGACUGGCCGGUGCCUAAACAGUUAA